CGGUCACCAUCGCCGCGCGCGCGCACGCCGCAGCACCAGCAGCAUAUGAAUGGCUCCAUGGCGUCGAUGUUCCAAAACCUGCAGAACCUCGCUAACAUGCAGCAGAACAUGCCGAUGUCGCAGCAGCUGCAGCAGCAGAUGUCCCAGCAGAUGUCCCAGCUGGCUGCCAACCUGCAAGGCUUGACGUCGAUGCCUUCGAACCCGGUCAUCAACUCGCCGCUCAACCUUAGCGUCAGCGCACCGGGUAUGGGGUCACCGAACCCUGUAGGCAACAGCAAUAUGUUGCCUCCAGCUAUGCCGUCCCCAAUGCCUCAGCUCAUCCUCGCGUCCGGCCAGCUGGUUCAAGGGAUCCAGGGCGCUCAGCUUCUCAUACCAACAUCACAAGGCAUCGCGACGCAAACCAUCUUAACGAUACCAGUCAACCACGUGAACUCCAACGACCAGAUGGUGAACUUGGCACUGAACAACGGGCAAGUGGUAUCGACGUCUUUGGCCAACUUGCAAGCGAUGGCGCAGCCCCAUCAACUCCUGAACUCCAAUCCGCAGCAGCCGUCCAAUAUUCGGCCGAAUAUGCUGAAUCCGACGCUAUCGAACGCCUUGCUGAACCCAGGCCUGUCCAACUUCUUGUCCAACGGCGCGACCAACGCCCAAGAGUUGCUCCAAGCUUUGCAACAGCAGCAGCAGCAGCCGCAAGGCAAUCACAACCUUCUGCAGACGGUGCAACAGAAUAAUAUGCCUCAGCAGAUGCAAGGCAGGCGAUCGUCCUCGCCCAGGCCUGAGAGACACUAUAAAGAAAGAGAGAACUUUGAGAGGUUUGCGGGAGGUUCGAGAGAAAGGAACGAAAGGGACAACUCUGGUGCGGUGGCGAUGAACAACAUAAAUAGGCUCGCAUCUUCGAACGGCGAGAUCACCAUCACGACGUCCCACGCCAACGCCGGUCCGGCCAGCAGCGCCGGCAGCGCCAGCUCCGGGCCAAUGCCGUCGCCGCACCCGCCUGUCAAACUGUCCCCGGGCUCGGCCAAGUCGCCCGCGCAGGAGGAGAACGACCUGCUAGCUGACUCGCCGAAUCAACCUACCAUCAGCCAGUCAUCCAGCAACGUGGUGGACGGCAUCAACCUAGAAGACAUCAAGGAGUUCGCUAAGGCCUUCAAACUGCGUCGUCUGGGCCUAGGCCUGACGCAAACGCAGGUCGGGCAGGCCUUGUCCGUGACAGAAGGCCCGGCGUACAGUCAGAGCGCGAUAUGCAGUGCCCUGGCUUCGCAGAUGCUAGCAGCUCAGCUGUCUUCACAACAACAAAACAUAUUUGAGAAAUUGGAUAUAACACCAAAAAGUGCGCAGAAAAUCAAACCGGUGCUCGAACGUUGGAUGAAGGAAGCCGAAGAGAGACGGAAGCCCAUCACCCACCCAAGCGGAGAUUUACGGAGAGGAGAGGAGAUGUGUUCUUGGUACGCAUCAGGCCAGAACCACCUGACCGACUUCAUCGGGAUGGAGCCAAGCAAGAAGCGCAAGCGGCGGACGUCGUUCACGCCUCAAGCGCUGGAGCUGCUGAAUGCUCACUUCGAGAGGAACACGCAUCCUUCUGGCACUGAAAUCACCGGACUGGCGCACCAGCUAGGCUACGAACGCGAGGUUAUUAGAAUAUGGUUCUGUAACAAACGCCAGGCCCUCAAGAACACCGUUAGAAUGAUGUCCAAGGGCAUGGUCUAAAUUAAAAAAACAACCCCAUGACAACUAUAAUGACAGCUCUCAAAUCGGCGGCAAAUUUGAAUUUAGAAUAAGUACUUUUAGAGAUGGGAUGCAUCAUUAUAUUGAUGUCGAUGUUUGGCUUCAAGAUCUGCACGUAGAUUCGUGAUCUCGUCUCGAUACUCACUUUAUUGUUUGCAUUAAUAGUGUCUUACUUAGGAAGGUGUUUUGAUGUUUCUUUUUAUCAAAUAAUAUUUUAUAAAUAUUAUUCUGGCCUUAACGCAAAAUCUUUAUGCGAUUCCAGCCAACGUAUGAAAAGGAAGUAUCGAUAAGCGUAAUGUAAUGUAAAAUAAAAUAAAUUUCGACUGAAAUAUUCGUCUCGAUGUAGUUUACAAUGAUAAUGAAUGGAAUGUCAUAGACUCAUAAGAUGUAGGUGUUUAUUAGUACAAAUAAUAAAUUGAAAAUUUUUCAGCCUUGCUCGGCGGAGUAAGCAACUCACAUAUUUGUCUGUACUCAAAAAUUUUGAAGUUCCAAAUUCAUUCCUUUGAUGUAAUCAGGUUCGAAUUAGUAACACUACAUGGCUUCGUUAAUAUAAAUGGUAAUUUUUUAUAAAUCCAUUAAGCACUGUAACAGUAUUAUGCAAUAACUCAUGGUGGGACAAGCUGGUAAUACGUAAGGCAAUUUUUGAACGUUAUGUGAGGCGGACUGUGGGUAUUCCUAGCGAUAGCCUUUUUUGUAAAAAUAUUGCAUUUUGUAAAUAAGUACAAUUACAUUUAACUCUCGGCGAUAAAUUUGUAAUGUAGUUGAUACAUUAAUUUAUUGAAAUACUCUGAGUUGUUUCGUUCUACUUAGCGAAUGUUGCACUUUAUAGUUUUAGAAAUAAUAUUGAUAUUAUGGAAGUAGAUAAUGUGUCGUCAGUCUUUAGUGGCCUACUGAGAUUUUUUUAAUCUUUGGUAGGUUUUUGUUAAUAGAUAGGUAUAAAACGAUAUGUAUAGAUUAGAUAGUAAUUAAUAAUACUAUCGUAAAUUGUAAAUAUUGUUUCUUUAAUUUUAUUUCAAUAAAUUGUAUUAUUAGUUUAAAUUAACUUUAAUUUCGUAGCUUUUUGAAUAAAAUUGUAGAUGCAAGUUGGAUUUUUUGGCAACGUCGGAAAUAUCAUUUAUAUUUAAAAUAUUGUUUCGAUUUGAUAAUACAAUUUCCAAUAGAAAAUACAACUAACAGAUGGUCUUGAAAAACUAACUUAACAAUAAAUAUUUAAUGUGCAUAUUUUUGGGUAGAUUAAUAUUAAACUAUAAAAAUUGCCUCGCAUUUGGAACUGUAGAUUUUGAAAGUAUAUACAUAUUAUAUAGAAUUCCAAAAAGACAAAUUUUGAGAUUUAAGUAAUUAUUUUAGUGAUCGGAGUGCCCGAAAAGUAUGCACAAAUAAAUUUAUCUAAGGUUUCCUAAAUUUUCACUUACAAAUUAGUUACACGCUCACUUGUUUGAAGGUACGUCUGUAACUCUCUUUAAAAUUUAAAACUAACCAAAUAAUCUGGUAGCUAAAUUAAAAAAAAAAUAGUUGUUAUCUCUUACUAAUUCUCAAGUUUUUUGUUUAGGUGUUUUAUUUAUCUAUUUAUUUUAAUACAUUUAUUUUUUGACGGUGUUACAAAGUGUUAAACUUCAUUUUUACAAUUCAGUUUUGCUCUAAAAUAUUAUACUAAGUAGUGUUAAUUGAGUCAUCAGAGAGAGUUACACACUUACUACCAGUUCAUUACGUGAAAUUUCUGAAUUAUUAUUACUGUUUGAACUGAUCUUAGUAAUAAUUUGAGCAUUUAAAGUUUGUAUAAAUUCUAUCAUGAAUAUUAAAUUAAUAAAUUUUAGUAUGGUGUGUAAAUAAUUUAGUUAGAAUGUUUUCAAUUUAAGACCUGCUGUUAACUGUAUUACCAAUAGUAUUAAGGAUGUAAUGUAAUGUAUGUUAAUGACCAAUGAAAACCAACUUGUGAUCAUUAAUAUUUGUACUGUUACCUACUACUUAACAAGAGUCGUUAAAAAAUAAUAUUAUAAAAAUUGAACAUAUUUUUCGGCUGUUGAAAAAUUGUAAAUACAAUAUUAAGGAUAAUAAAACUAUUUGGAUUAAUAUUUAGGAACAAAGUGAAAAAAUAUUAUCAAAAUUUAUAUUUUCAAAAAUUAUUACAAGUGCAAAAAAAGUGUAUUUAAAAAAGGGAUGUUUGGCCAUACAAAAAAAUUAAUCAUGGAUUUUUUAUCGACUACAGACAACACUACACACACAAGCAGUAAGGUACACAGUGACAUAGAUAGUCCGUGCGAUGCGAUAUUGCGCGUAAUCUGUACUUAUAUUUUGCCGAAUCAGAUUUUUCAUACAAAACCUGUCACCCACAAUAGUUGUAACUUUAAUUUAUUGGUUAAAUCGUAAGUAGCUCCCUGUUACAUACCUAAUCAUAGGCAAUAAAAUAGAUAUCUCUACCAUUUCCUUUGUACAGAAGCUUCCAUAAACAAAACUUUAACUUCCCGUUGAUUAUUUUUACUGCAGACAAUCAAUAGUUAAUAACGAGCAUUCUUGUGCUUUUGUAAAUAACACAUACCUACCUAAUUAUGAAAAAUCUGAUUCCCAACAAACACUAGUGUAAUAGAAUGAAGCAUAGGAUGCUAAGUACAAAUGAUAUAAUUUAACUAUAAACUGCUAGUCCCGUUAAAGUGUAAUUAAUGUAAAUUACAAUGCAUUAUCGCGUUGCACUCUGGUUUUCAUGAUCCGUAUGUAACUAUAUGAAAUAGAUUAAACUCUACUUACACAUAACUUCAGCUGUAACACAUAUUCAAACCAAACUGUAACAGUAUGUAAUAGUAUAUUAAUUUUUCUUCCUAUAAUGGUACCGAACGAUUGAUUAUGGCUGCUGGUUUAUGAUUGGAUGCAGAAUAAAGGCAAAUAACUGUUUGAA